AUGUCGUCUCUUUUUGGCAAGAGUAGCGGAGGCUCACGCUUUCAGCUACCUGCCCUCAACCUCAAUUUUGGCAGUAUCACAGACGGCACCGAUAUCCCACCGCCUCCGGAUUCACCUGUCCAAAAGGUCCCAACGCCUCCACAGACACCGCCCCCGGUCAAGGAAGCCAAGAACGAAGCCCCCAAGGAGUCGGCACAGGAUACAUACAGCAGUGUCACCGAGGACGUCGGCAACAGCACACCGCAGCCAAGCGUGACUGCUUCUUCUAAUGGUAAUCUCGCUGGAACCAAGCGCAACGCCGACGACGAUGCUCCGUUGAGCCCUGCUGCUUCAAGCCGUCAAGGCAGCAUCCGUCGCCUAUUGAGUAGGACCAUGUUGAAUAACAGUUAUGCAGAGGGCCAGAAAUCAUCGAACGCAAGUGUCCAGUCCCCCCCACCUGGACAUGCUCGCCCAGCCAGCCAGGGCGGUGCGAGUUAUCUCGACGAGCGCAAGAACAAGAGAGCCAGUGGCUGGUUCAGGCGCAUGAGAAGCGGAGAUCCCCUCCCCGACAAACGAGCCAGCACCAUGUAUAUGGAAGAACCUCCUCGCGCACCGACUCCCCAGAAGCAACCCGGCCCGCCGCCUCCUAUGAUACCCGAGUUAACCGCUAUCGAAAAGGACAACGGAAGCCUUGGUUCUGACCUUUUCAAGAACAUCAAGUAAACCGACAAGGUUUUGGAUACCUAGAGCUAAAUCGCACCUACUCCAUACCACCAUUUCUGGCUCGUCAGCCACCCUGUUUUUCGCAUUCAACUAUUUACAUAUUCAAAGACCAGAAAUUGAGACAACAAGACAAACAAACACUUUACACCUACCUAUUCCUAUUAACGAUCGAGCUCGCAGCUUUACGGCGCAAUGCGAGCAGGUCCAUUACUUCUUUUGGAACAACACGUUUCUCUCAACACCGCGAGGACGAUGUUUUCAGCUUAUGUCUUGGAGGAGAGGGUGUCUGUGAUAGACAAGGAGAUGUAGAAGAGAAGGAAAUCAAGAGCAGUGCAGUAUGAUGAAGACGGCUCAUCAAGAUACCCAACUCGUUUCGCGAGCUCACUUAUCCGGUGUGCGAUUAUGGAUUUAUUUUCUUCUUCACUGGCAUUGCUUUAGUUAUCUACGCUAUUAUGAUACAGCACUCAAGUGUACAAUCAUCUUAUGGGUUUCACGCCAUUAUCUUUCGUUUAUUUCUUGCCACCAUGAUCUGAGCGGCUUCUGCUUUUGCAACCUGGAGAAUGUGCUGGGAGAAAUAUUUGCUUGCAAGAGCUAUAAAGCUCCUUCUGAUCAGUCAUGGUUCAGAAGAUUAAAAGGGAGUUUACGGCUGCUGUCCUGGGUUGUACGAGUCUAUUUCUGAAAUAAAAAAGAAGUCAUUUCAACCGUUGAUUCUGAAUGAGUGAGGUAAAGCCUCAAGCGGCCUAAGAGUGCCAAGAUAAUGGUCUAAGCUCGGUUUCCAGAGAGAAUCUUUGUUAAUGUUGGGUAUGAGGCUGUGCAGGACUGGACCCUAGAUCCUUACUAUCC